CUCCUCCCGGUGUUGUUGUUGUUCUUGACAUUGUCUGAGUGGGACCGUCACCAACAGCGGGAGCUCCCCCCCCCCCCAUAACCUGCCCUGACGACCACAAUGUCAUCGCUGCUGAAGCCGUUUUCCGUGUACGACGGGCCGUGCGAGAGCCGCGGUGUCCGGAGAGGAUGCCCGGGCGCGGCUGCGCAUCCUCCGCUCCAGCGUCUGACCGCCGCGGCGGGGCCGGGCUCUCUGCCGGCCCACCAGCGGGCGCACGCGGCGAGCAGGAACCUGGCGGCCGCUGCGAUCGGAGGGAGGGAAAUGAAGCAUUCCGUAAAGGCUAUUCUUGCAGGUGGCAUUGCAGGAGGAAUCGAGAUCUGUAUCACCUUCCCCACAGAGUAUGUCAAGACCCAGCUGCAGCUGGAUGAGAGAGCCAACCCACCGCGUUACAGAGGGAUUGGCGACUGUGUGAAGUUGACAGUGCAGGAUCACGGACUCAGGGGACUGUAUAGAGGCCUCAGCUCCCUGCUCUAUGGAUCAAUACCCAAAUCUGCUGUGAGGUUUGGCACGUUUGACAUACUCAGCAACCCGAUGCGAGAUGCAACAGGUCGGCUAGAUAACACAGGGAGUCUCUUGUGUGGGUUAGGAGCGGGGUUAACAGAGGCCAUUGUGGUCGUCUGUCCCAUGGAGACAGUCAAGGUUAAGCUGAUCCAUGACCAGUGUUCCCUCAGACCUCGUUACAGAGGCUUCUUCCACGGAGUCAGUGAGAUUAUUAGAGAACAGGGUGUCAGGGGGACAUAUCAAGGUCUGACUGCGACUUUGCUGAAACAAGGAACCAACCAGGCCAUUCGUUUCUAUGUGAUGAACUUGCUGGGCAAUUGGUACAAAGGGGAUGAUCCCAGACGAGAGAUGCACCCAAUUGUCACAGCGAUGUUUGGAGCGACGGCCGGAGCUGCCAGUGUUUUUGGAAAUACACCUCUGGAUGUGGUGAAGACCAGGCUGCAGGGUUUGGAGGCCCAUCGCUACAAAAACACAGUGGACUGUGCCAUCCAGAUUUUGAAGCACGAAGGACCACAGGCAUUCUACAAAGGGACAGUUCCCAGGCUUGGUCGUGUGUGCUUGGACGUGGCCAUAGUCUUUGUCAUCUAUGAAGAGGUGGUCAAACUACUCAACAAAGUGUGGAAGACUCAGUAGACCGACCACAUGGUGGCAGAGGUCCAGAGGGAAUCACGGAGCAGUGCCUCAUGCUACGCACAACUGAACACCUCUAUUCUAGUUCAUACUAGCUCUCUGCAUUCGCCCGGAGCAGAUGAUACUUCAUCUUGAGCAGUUUCCACUCAAAAAAGAAAUUUAUUCAAAGGACCUAUAUAAAUACGGUGAUAAUAAAGAAGGGAGAAUGGCUAGUUGCAGUACUAAAAGCUUAGCUUUGCAUUUCUCUUCUUUGUCUCUAGUGGUCAGGCGUAGGAGUAAAGAGGGAUCGCUUUAUUUUGAAGGACAGGAAAGGCAAAGUAGGAAGAGAAGUAGGUGAUGUGUUGUUCUGUGCACCUGACCAAACUUGGAGACUCGAAUUGAGUCUUAUUACAAGAAACAUGACUAAACAGUAUUUAGAAAAGAAGCACAAGUAAGUAUUAUUAACUAUGAGAAUGAAAAGCAGGAAAAAAAUAGUAGGUUACAAAAAAUGGUUAUGUUUUCCAUUGUUUCAGCUUUUUUUGACUGUUGUUACUGAACAUGUUGUAGAGUGACCACUUUGUACUGAAACCAUAAAUGUGUCUUCUGAUUCACUAAGAACUUAUUACUUAAUACCGAGGGGAUGAACUGAGAUGCUACUGGAUGUAAACGAGCCCACUGCAGUACGUUAAAAUGUCUGUGCAGCGCUUGAACACAUCUUGGUGUUGUAAUUGCUUGCUUGACUGUGCUUGUGGCAUCAUCCCACUAAAUAACUCACAGUUUUUACACAGUCUUGGUGACGUGUAGAUACUGUUGUUCAUUUUAUGGCCGUUACACACCAACAGUAGGCCGGUUAGUUGAGACUAAACAACUGGUUGGGAGUCUGUAAUUCUGCCCCAGAUAAAUUGAGAGCUUUAACCUGACACAAGUAAUCAUUAAAGCACAUAUUGUAGGAAACCAAUUCAUAUGUAGCACAAUAUUCCCCUCAGUCUUACCAGUAGAGCAAAGGGAGACAAGAGUCCGUUUAUUAGUUUGGGAGCUUAUUGUUAUCAAUCUGUUGAAAUUAAUACAUUAUCAACAUUAGUUGUGCUCCCAUGGUAUUCAGUAGGUGGUUGUGCUCUGUACAAAUGAAUUUGAAGGCUUUAUUUGGAAUAUAUAACUAGCAAUGCUUAAUUCACAUCUUCAGUCAGACUGACUUGGCGUUUCCAACCAGGUGCUGGUGGGCUGCCUGAAAUUUACGUUUUUAAGUGAAUCCAGAUAGAUAACAAGAUGUAAAACUGUCCAACUGUGUGAAGCCAUGUGACUUCAAUGCGCCUGAGCCUUCAGCGGUUUUCUUGCGCUUAAUGAUUCAUUCAUUCAGAGACUUUUCUUAAGUCAAGAUUUUAUACGUCACUUGAAUAUUCUUUGUUUACCUCAAGCUAACCUGCUUCAUAAGCUUUUUGUACGCAAACUGAUGAAAUCCUGGAUUAGCCAUCUUUGAAUCCACUCAUUCUUGUCUAACAGUGUUUACAUAUGUUGAACUUCAACAAGGGGGAAAGUAGAUGUGCGAAAGGCAUGACAACAGAACAAGUAGGUAAGAGAGGUUUUUGAUGGACCUAGUUGCACUACACUGCCUUGCCUUUUACUCCGCUUUGCCAAACUACUACAGUAGAAUCUGCAAUAUUUCUGAUUAAAGCACAUCUUUAUCACCUUUCAAACCAAGAGGAACUGAAUACUGUCAAAUCUUUGUCGCUGCCAUUUUGGUUACAUAGACAAAAGCGCACUUACCAUGUUAUGUACUUUGUGUUUAUGCUUUGCUGCUUUGUAUAAACAGGCCGACGGCUUGUGGACCUCAUCAUACAGCAAAUUCAAUUUGGUGAUAUCAUUCACAGUUCCGAAGAUCAUUUCAGGAGGAUUGAAUGAUUUGUGUAAAGAAAUCAGAAAAAAAUGUCAAUGCUCAAUGUUUGUUUACAUGAUCAGAUGUGGAAACCUCUGAAGGAACAUGUUAAGACAUAAUGUCGUUUCACUGGUCUCAAUAUACUUUAGAACUUAAUAAAAAUGAAUUUGAGCAAUGGAAA